AUGGAUGACGAUGGAUUGAUUAUGAAUUUUGCCAUCCCAGAUGGCACUCAAACCUUUAAAAAGACAGCUCCUAAAGCUGGAGGUCUUAGUUGGAGAGAAAGACGGGCCAAAUUCAAACUGGGAGAAGGAGCCGGUCCUAAAUCAGGAGUCAACUCCAUUGCCGUAGCCAAGAGAGCUCCCAGAGAAAAUAAAGGCAAUUUCAACAAGCCUAAUAGAGAUGGCCAGUCAAAGGACAAACAAAACUCGGAAGGUAGCUCUGGGUCUCAAAAGCGUUCCCACCCAGAGGAGCUGGCCGAGAGCAAAAAAUUGAAGUUUACAGAGAAAUCUGGUGAAAAGGGUGGUAUAAACAAUACCUAUGUCUCGUCUUUAUUCACAGCUCAGACAAAGGGCCCAACCUUGGAGGAGACUACAGCAGAGUCAGUAUCUCAUCAACCUUCUAAUGCACCAUUGAAAGAUGACAGUACAUUCGAAGGCUUGGGACUCACCGAGAAACUUUCUCAACAUUUGACUUCGUCCAUGAAAUAUGUCGCUCCAACGAAAGUUCAAAGAGCCGUUAUUUCCAAGAUGAUUGACUCCCAACAAGAUUACUUUGUCAAAGCACAAACCGGUUCCGGUAAAACACUUGCUUUUGUUCUACCGAUCAUUCACAGACUCAUGACUGAGCCCGAUCUUAUCACUCGUCUGAGUGGCUUGUUUGCCGUGAUUUUGACUCCAACGAGAGAAUUGGCUGUCCAGAUUCAUGCGGUCUUGGAGUCUAUUCUUCGUUGUCACCACCAUAUUGUUCCUGGUGUCGUCGUUGGAGGAGAAAAGAAGAAGUCCGAAAAAGCUCGUAUCAGAAAAGGUGUCAAUAUCUUAGUUGCAACUCCUGGACGUUUGGCAGAUCAUCUUGAAAACACGACUUCUCUCGAUGUCUCACAAGUCAGAUGGUUGGUAUUGGAUGAAGGUGAUCGCCUUGUUGAGCUUGGAUUUCAGGAGACCAUCACAAAGAUUACAGACCAUCUUUCACAACAUUCGAGAAUCAACAGCAAUAAAUGGAUCGAGCUACCGCCCAGAAGAGUCAACAUCUUGUGUUCUGCAACCAUGCCAGAUGAUGUGAAACAGUUUGGAAGUACCAUUUUGGAGAAGCCAGAAAUGAUUUCAAUUGACAGAGGGUCCGAAAUCAAUGCCACCGCACCAGAUCAAUUGGUCCUCAAAGUCUUGACUGUUCCUCCAAAGUUACGUUUGGUCACGCUCGCUGCAUGUUUGAAAAAUGUUCCUUUGCACAGUGAGGAGGUUUCAAGAUCCAUUGUAUUUCUCUCAUGCGCAAACUCCGUUGAUUAUCACUUUGAUGUCUUUGCUCAUGGAGGUAAGACAACCUUGUUGAAGGAUGUGGAGGAGAAUGAAGAUGAGGAGGGGGACGAAAAGAACAAGAAGCCAACGAAACCGGAGAUCGUGUACUCAACAGCCCCUCAGAUUAACAGUAACUCCGUUGUAUUCAGAUUGCAUGGAUCAUUAUCCCAACAACUCAGAUCUGCUACAAUUCUGGCAUUUAUCUCCAACGCAGCAGCCAAUAGCAACAAACACUUUGUAUUGUUGUGUACUGAUGUUGCUUCUAGAGGAUUGGAUAUGCCAAACAUCUCUAACGUUGUGGAGUAUGAUCCACCAUUCACUGUCGAUGAUCAUUUGCACAGAAUCGGUCGUUCUGCCAGACUUGGUAAGGCCGGUGAAGCCACCAUUUUCUUAUUGCCUGGAGAAGAAGAAGGCUACGUGGAUGGAAAGCUCAGAGUGGUACAUCCAAAGAAAGGAUCCCUCAGAAUCGUGAAAUACGAAACCAUCCUUGAGAAUGCAUUUUCUCAAGAAGAUGCCCCAGACAACAAGACCGGAAAGAAGGAUCCAAAGGCCAAAGCCGGUAAAUGGGAUAUGCAUGCCACCACUUGGCAUCUUGAGGUCGAAAGAUGGCUCUUAGAGAAUACAGCUGCUCUUGAAAAAGCCUCCAAUGCAUUCGUGUCCCAUGUUAGAGCAUAUGCAACCCACAUUGGACUGGAAAAAAUGUACUUCAACGUCAAAACAUUGCAUUUGGGACACUUGGCCAAGGCGUUUGGUCUUCGUGAAACCCCCAAGAAGUUGGGAAGCAAGUCCGGUGAAAAUGAGGGCAAGAAGAAGGAAGACCCACGUAAGAAAAUGUUGCGUCUUGCAAGACUCGCAGAAAAGUCUAAGGCAUCGGAAUUUAACUAUUGA